AUGGAAUCACAUUAUUUUCACUGCACUAUAUUGGAUACACCUCAAAUUUUAAUCCUUCGCAAUACAAAAUCAACUUCUACUUAUAUAAUUCUAAUUUUUGUCAAAAUGAAGUCUUAUAUUGGUUUGUUAUGUAAAUCUAUUAUUAAUAUAAACGCCAGCAAGUCUUUUACCACUCGUUGCUUUUCAAUCCUAAAUAUUUUAAAUAAGAUAAAAUCACACAACUCAAAAUAUAAUUUUACACGCAAACAUUAUUUACACAGUAAUUCUGAAAAUUCAUAUCCACUUUCAAAACCGUUUAACGAAAAUGUUUUAAAAUUAUCUGAUUUUGACCAGUACCAUAAUGUCGUUUACAGACCUUUGGACAAUGACACAAUUCACAUGAAAGACCUUGUGGUUUCAGUGUUCUAUAACAGACAAAGCACAGCCUCUUUAUCGGUACUGGACUCUGUUAAUAAGCUUUCAUCUGAAUUUCCAUUAAACACAUUCUUACUAGUUGAUUCUGAUCUUGUUCCUAGAUCGGCUUACGAUGCUGAUGUUCAACACUUUCCAUCAGCGCUAUUAUCUUAUGGAGGGGAUUUAUAUAGAGACAUGAUUUCUGAAGAAUCUGGCUAUACCGAUAAAUGGUCAAAUUCGUAUACUUGGCAAUUUACUGGUGAACAAUCUCAAUCAACCCAAGAUCAACAAUGUGCUUUACCUGAGAAGUUUUACAAAUCUGUACUCAGAGCUAUGAAUAAGUUUAAUAAUUACGACGGGAAGAAGGUUUCAGCUAUAAAGUCCAGGGCCGGAACACAUUCAUACACUCACGGAAUUGACACCGAUAAUUUAAAUCUAAAACGAGUAGGAUGGCCAACAGAGUAAAAUUAAUAUUUAAAAUCAAUAA